AUGGCAGAAGAAAAGGGAGCUGUUGAUCUGAGGAAGCCGGAUGAUGUCGACGAGCUCAGCAAGCUGUCGAUUGAGAACUUGGACGACAAACACCGUGCUCUCUUCAUCCGCGCAGUGUCCAACUCCAGCGCCAUCUUUUUUCACUCCGACCGAUAUAAUGUGACCUACUGUAUCUACCAACUGCUCGCUAGCCAGAAGCAGCAACUCCUAGAUUUUCUCCUGUCCAACCCGGCAUCGACGUCCUGUCCGUUACCUAUUCUGGGCGAUAAGAACAAGGUGCGCUGCAUUGACCCAGAGGAGCCAAUCGGUAGUACCGGUAUCUAUCGCGACCCAUGGGAGCGGAAGCCGCUCCCUUUGGAUGCUCCAGACAUGCAGAAAAAAGAUUUACGUGUCGCCCUAGAUUACCCGACCUAG